CUCGUCCGGAAUGUGGGAAACAGCGAUAUAUCAACAGCCUUCUCGGCCAUCCUGCAAGAUGCAGCAUCCGGUACAUUCAAAAUGGGGUUUGAAAUAUACGUUCCUGAAAACCUCACCUUCCAAGACUACCUCGCCAUCUGCCAAUGUGCGCGAACGCUCGCCGACGCAUAUGAUCGAAAAGACAAGCAGCGUCUGCGGGCAUCCCUUGCACCCGAUAUAAUAGUCGACUACAGUCUCGUUGUCCCAGCCUGGGGUGCGAAGUCCUUCACAGCCGAUGGCUUUGUAGAAGAAUGGCUUGGCCCCAAACACCUCGGCGUCAAAGCCCUAGCCACACAGCAUCUACUCGGUAUCCCAUAUUUCAAGUCGGUUUCGGAAGAGGAGAUUGUUGUUGAGUGGCAGCAGAUGGCAAGCCAUGGGCGGCGUGUCGAGGGGGAGGACUUCGCAAGUCCGAUGUGCAAAAUCUCCGAGACGAGCGACGGGAGGAGUUGGAUGACGCAGACCUUCGUAAAGGUUGAGGGGGCAUGGAGAGUGAGGACUAUCAAGCCGGAGGUGCUGUAUCAUACGGGCGAUUUUCGACAGAUUGGGAGACCGGAUGAAGGACCAGACUUGAGGGCGUAG